GCAAAGGCAGUCUGAACGGGCACGCCAAAAAAACGGAUAUGACCAAAAAAUGGGAUUCGUGCAUUAAGACCUGUAGUAUGAACGUAGCCAAAGUAACACAUUUUGAAGCUUUAAUUGCAAUACCGUGAUACCAUCAAACCGUGAUAUUUUGACGUCAGAAUAUCAUACCAGAACAUGCCUGCUGCUGCUAAAUUCAUGAUUUACAUGACGCAAAACAGAUUCCUUGUUAGCUGAAUUGGAUUGCGAGGCAAAUGUGGAGGGAAACAAGGAGCAAUUCCCCCUGCCCCUCCCCCUCUGUUGACGCACACACAUGUUCAAGCACACAUUUGCGCUUGUUUGGAGGCACCAGUACCAGAAGAGGAGGACGAAGAAGAACCUCUACAAAAGAACGCAACAGUUUGCAUGGACAGCGAGGACAUCGCGGCUUCGGGAAACGGUCUCCACGCUCAACUCUGGUGGCUUAUGUGCAAGGGAGCGUGCGCCAUCACUUUAAGGAGUUUGUGAUCUGAGAAAAGCAAGAGAAGAAAAGAUGAAGUAGAGCAGAAAAGAAAAAGACGGGAACAGACUGGACUUUGCGUGCAUGCUGACAAAGUGUGGCGGCUCUCAAGGGGAAAGAUGGAUUUAUUCGUGGGACAACGGCAGGCUUUUUAAAAGGUUAAAGCAUGACGGCUGCGGCAGGCGUGCUAACAGGUUUGGCCAAACUCAAGCGCCAGGAUUCGGCACGUUCUCAGCAACGGCCUUUACCGGCGACGUCUGCAGGUUUGGCCGACGGUGCCCAAGAAGGAGCUCCGAGAAAACGAAAGCGGCGCACCGACGUGGUUGUCGUGCGCGGUCGCUUGCGCCUCUACUCCGCCUCGGGCUUCUUCCUCCUCCUGGGUCUCCUCGUUCUAGCCGCGGGGAUCGCCAUGGCCACCUUGGGCUACUGGCCGCCAUCUUCGGGUCAAAGCCCGCCCGGCGGAGGAGGACCCGAGUCAUCUGCAACGGAUGUGGACCUCUUGAAAAACUCUACUACAAGUCCGAACGUAAAAGGUCAGCCCACUAGGCAGCCAGACGGAGGCGUCCUCACCCGCUUCCUGGAGCGGCAUCGGCACUCAGAGAAGAUGAAGAUGUUCGGGCCCUUCACCAUGGGCAUCGGGAUUUUCAUAUUCAUCUGCGCUAACGCCAUUCUUCAUGAGAACAGAGACAGAGAAACAAAGAUCAUCCACAUGCGGGACAUGUACUCCACGGUCAUCGACAUCCACCGCCUCCGCCAGAAGGAGCAGAAGCAUCACCUCCAGCACAACUAUGCAAGAGAGGACCCCCGAAGCUACGCUGACGAUAACCCCAUCUUCGCCUUCUCUUCUUGGGCCGCGAACGCCGCAUCCCCCGAGGAAGAGGCGCUACUUAGGGACGAGGAGUCUCGCGGGCGGCCGGAUCAACCUCGUUUGGAUUGCAGUUUCGCGGGUCUGCUAGCACCGCUUUACAAGGACCGUGCUCCAUCUGAAGGGGCGGACCCGGAAAGGGGCGUCCACCGCGCACGCUCUAUUGUAUCAUCUUCCAUCUCGGCGUUCACGCUACCCGUCAUCAAACUUAACAAUUGCGUUAUCGACGAACCGGAGAUGGAAGCUAUCACGGAGGAGGACAGAGGAGAGCGCGGGAGGGACGAGGGGUUGAGUUUGUGCCCGGUUGGCGCCACGGCGUCACUAGCGGUUCCGGUUGCUAGCUUGGCAAAGGCUUCUAAAUCGCCACGCUUGCAUCGAAGUAACUCUGCAUCCUCGUCCUCAUCCGGUUCCUCCCUAGCGCCGUCCUCUACCUCAGGUUGUUGGCUUUCCCCCGGCGCCGCCCGUUCUGACUUUGGUUCCAAUUCGUCCCUACAUAUGCUAGGCAGCCACUCCAAAUCUUUGGAUCUGGAGCGGCAACCUAGCAUGCUAAGCGUACAUCGUGAUCAGCAUAAGCACCCCAGCUGGCCGCGCCUGGACCGCAGCAACAGCAGUCGUAGCAUCAAGGGCUACACCCGGCUGGAGGACCGGGGUGACGAGCACCUUGCGACGACGCUUCUACUGCCGGCCGCCGCCGCUAGGCGGGACUACAGCAAGCGAGAGAAGCUGCUCAUGAUUUCUCGCUCGCAUAACAAUCUAAGCUUUGAGCACGAAGACUCGAGCGGCGGGACGAUGAAACGGGGCAGCUCCGAGACACGUUUUUGAGGACCGCAAUUGCCGUUUCAACGCAAUUUCCUGUUAAAAUAAAUGUCCUGUCCGUUUGAGAUGAUUUCUGAAGCAAAUAAUAGACUUCGGGCAAGGUUACGGCUUGAUAAAAGGCUUUGAAAGAAGCAUUUCCAGGAGUAACAAUAAAAAAAAAUACUGGUGGAGAGCUGCAAUUUCAGCAAGGUCAUCUUGAAAGUGCUUUUUGUAUUUCUGCUUUCGUACAAAAUGAAGUUUCUUUCAGAACAGGCCUCAUUCCUGGAUGGGAAAACGUCAGGAUGGUGGGUGGUGGUCUUUUACUUAAGACUUCAAAUUCGCUCAGAUAGUUUGAAAACAGAAAUUUUGGUUCACUCCAACUCGUCCAAUUCAUGAUCACGUUUAAAUGCCAUUCAUGAUAGAUGUCCAAUUAAUUUAAACAGGAAGGGGCUUCACACAACAAGCUUGAACUCAUUUCAGGGCAAGUGACUUUUUGUUUACAAAAAAACAACAACAAAAAGUAGGGCUGUCAAACGAUUAAAAUUUUUAAUCGAGUUAAUUAUAGCUUAAAAAUUAAUUAAUCGCAAUUAAUCGCAAUUCAAACCAUCUAUAAAAUAUGCCAUAUUUUUCUUUAAAUUAUUGUUGGAAUGGAAAGAUAAGACACAAGAUGGAUAUAUACAUUAAACAUACGGUACAUAAGGACUGUAUUUGUUUAUUAUAACAAUAAAUCAACAAGAUGGCAUUAACAUUAUUAACUUUCUGUUAAAGCGAUCCAUGGAUAGAAAGACUUGUAGUUCUUAAAAAAAAAAAAUGUUAGUACAAGUUAUAGAAAUUUUAUAUUAAAACCCCUCUUAAUGUUUUCGUCUUAAUAAAAUUUGUAAAAUUUUCAAUCAAAAAAUAAACUAGUCGCUCGCCAUUGUUGAUGUCAAUAAUUACUUACACAAUGCUCAUGGGUGCUGAAGCCUAUGAAAUCAGUCGCACCCAAGCGCCAGCAGAGGGCGGCAAAACUCUAUAAAACACAAUUAACAAGUGAGCGUUUCACUGUACCGUCAUUUAAAUCUGUCUGAGCAGGACAUCUGCGCUAAUUGCGUCAAAUAUUUUAACGUGAUUAAUUUUUAAAAAUUAAUUAAUGCCCGUUAAUGCGAUAAUUUUGACAGCCCUAAAAAAAAAAAGCAAACAUUCAAAAACACACGUGUGGAAAUCAAUUUUUGGGUCAUGUAGGCCACAGUACUAACGUAACACAUAAAACAAAAAUACACUCUAGUUGUAUCCUCCUAUUAAAAAAGUGUAUUGUUGCCACCCCCCCGACACCCCAAAAAAUCUAGUACAUUGUAUCACUGUAUCACAUCAUGUAAAAAUGUUAUAAUUAUCAUGUGAAAACAUGAUAUUCAUGUAAAACAUGGCAACCACCAUGUAAAAAGAUGAUAAUUAUGUAAAAAUUUGAUAAUUGUCAUGUAAAAACCUGAUAACUACCAUGUAAAACGUGAUCACUAUCAUGUAAAACGUGUCAAUGUUUAAAAAUGUGAUAAUCUAAAAACGUCAUACCUAUAAUAUAAAAACGUGUUAACUAUCAUGUAAAAAAUAGGGCCGUCAAACGAUUAAAAUUUUUAAUCGAGUUAAUUACAGCUUAAUAAUUAAUUAAUCGUAAUUAAUCGUAAUUCAAACCAUCUAUAAAAUUUGCCAUAUUUUUCUGUAAAUUAUUGUUGGAAUGGAAAGAUGACACACAAGACGGAUAUACGUAUGCAUUCUACAUAUGGUACAUAAGUACUGUAUUUGUUUAUUAUACCAAUAAAUCAACAAGAUGGCAUUAACAUUAUUAACAUUCUCUUAAAGCGAUUCAUGGAUAGAAAGACUUGUAGUUCUUAAAAGAUAAAUGUUAGUACAAGUUAUAGAAAUUUGAUAUUAAAACCCCCUCUUAAUGUUUUCGUUUUAUUAAAAUUUGUAAAAUUUUCAAUCAAAAAAUAACCUACAGUAGUAGCUCGCCAUUGCUGAUGUCAAUAAUUAAACCAUGCUCACUCAGGGCGCCAAACACCAAAAAACAAGUAACAAGCGGACAUUACAUUGUACUGUCAUUUUAAUCUUUUUGAGCGUGGCAUGUGCGUUAAUUGCGGCAAAUAUUUUAACGUGAUUAAUUUUAAAAAAAGAAUUACCGCCCGUUAACGUGAUAAUUUUGACAGCCCUAGCAAAAAUGUGAUAUUUAUGUGAAAACGUGAUCACUAUCAUAUAAAAAUGAUAACUCUCAUGUAAAAAUGUGAUAACUUCAAUAUAAAAAUGUGACAACUAUAAUAUAAAGACAUUUUAGCUAUCACGUAAAAACGUAAUUAUCACGUAAAAACGUGAUAAUUAUGUAAAAAGGUAACAUAAAAAUGCGAUAACUAUCAUGUAAAACAUGCUAACAUUUAAAAAUGUGAUGAUUAUAAUGUAAAAAUGCGAUAACGAUAAUAUAAAAAGGUGAUAACUCACGUAAAAACGUGUUAACUAUCAUGUAAAAACGUGAUAAUUAUGUAAAAACAUGAUAAGUAUCAUAUAAAAACGUUAAUUAUGUAAAAAUGUGAUAACUACAAUAUAAAAACGUAUUAAUGAUCAUGUAAAUCGUGUUAACAUUUAAAAAUUUGAUGAUUGUAAUGUAAAAAUUUGACAACUAUAAUAUAAAAACGUGUUAACUAUCACGUAAAAACGUGUUAACUAUCACGUAAAAACGUGAUAAUCUAAAAACGUCAUACCUAUAAUAUAAAAACGUGUUAACUAUCACGUAAAAAAGUGUUAACAUUUAAAAAUGGGAUGUGAUAACGUGAUAACUAUCACGUAAAACGUUUAACUAUCAUGUAAAAAUGUGAUAUUUAUGUGAAAACGUGAUAAGUAUCAUAUAAAAAUGGUAACUCUCAUGUAAAAAUGUGAUAACUUCAAUACAAAAAUGUGACAACUAUAAUAUAAAAACAUGUUAACUAUCACGUAAAAACGUGUUAACUAUCACGUAGAAACCUGAUUAUGUAAAAACGUGGUAAGUACAUAAAAUUGUUAACUAUCAUGUAAAAAUGCAAUAACUACAAUAUAAAAACGUGAUAACUAUCAUGUCAAACAUGUUUACAUUGAAAAAUGUGACAACUGUAAUGUAAAAACGUGAUAACUAUAAUAUAAAAAUGUGCUAACUAUUACGUAAAAACGUGUUACCUAUCAUGUAAAAACGUGAUAAUAAGUAAAAAUGUGAUGAGUAUCAUAAAAAACGUUAACUAUCAUGUAAAAAUGUGAUAACUACAAUAUAAAAAUGAAAUAACUAUCAUGUAAAAACGUGUUAACAUUUAAAAAAGUGAUUUAAUCUUUUCAAGUAGGAGAACUUGCACAAUUGCUGGUUGACCAAAUACUUAUUUGCCCCACUGUAUAUCGUCCCUACCAAUAUUAAGACCAAACCUACGCCCUUGAUGUAUAUAUUUUUCAAUUCUAGUCAUCUUGCUAACAGUGCUUCUACAUGAAAAAUCUCAAAUGACUCACCACAAAUCAUCCUAAAAUACUGACAAACAACUAAAAGCCUCAAAAUAUGACGUCAUCAGCGUCACCGUAGGAACAGGUAAUAACCGCCACUCUUUUCAAGUAGGAACAUCCAGUACAAGUGUCGCAGAGUGGGCAACAGAAGCAGUUUUGAGAAGAACGGCGACACUGCUGGUUACUUCCCGAGCGCGUCAUUUUGAACGCAGAUGGGUGAAGAGAACACAAUGUGUAAAGUAUGCAAAUGGGAGCAGGCUCGUCAUCGGGCAGGUGCUGUCCGUGCCUUGACGGACACCUACGCAAACGUCGCCGCGGUGACGGACGGGCACUUUGAAGUCAGGCCGGAAGAGAAGCGGCUAUUUGAUCGCAUAUUUAUAGCCGCGUCAACAGAAAAUCAAUGACUUUGAAGAGGUGCAGCUCACCACAAAGAUAGCAUUGAUUAUUGUUUGUUUUCAUCUACAGUAUAUUGGUUGCUCAUUGCCAUUGACGACAGUGGACGUCCAAUUCAUUUCAACUGGUUCAUUCGCCCCUCCCAGUCAAAAUGGAUUGGACGUCCAAUGCCGUGAAUGGCGUUGAAAGAUGAGCAUUCACAGCCAAGCCUCCCAGUUUAAAUGAAUUGGACAGCUUUGGAUGUCAAAGGCAGGCAAUUAGUUAAUUGUGGGUGCUUUCCUUGUUAGUUUUAGGGGACAUACUGUUGAUUUUAGGGUAUUUCCUGGUCACUUCGACUUCAUUAGUUGUCAGGGUCCCCCCGGGAUUUAUAAAUCUAAAUUCAAGACUUUUAAGACCUUUUUUAAUGCCAUUUCAACUGAAAAUUAAUACUUUUCUCGCACCCAUUAUUUAGAUAAUAUUGAAUCAUAUUUUAAAAAAAUAAAGCACUGAACAUCAAAUUUAACCUCAAUUACUAAGUGUGCUUGACAAAAGAAUGCACAUUUAUUGAAGAUACAAUUAAAACACAUUUAAAUAUAAGGUCUUUCAGAAUCCCCCCCCCCCCCCAAGGAUAAAAUGGAUUUUACACUAUUAUUGUAAAGCAACUUCAGAAAUUACAUUUGCAAUACAACAGGUUUCCCUUUUAAGAGGACCUUGUCAAGGUGGUAGGUAGGUGAUUGUCAAGUUGGCCACCUUAACUGUAAAGUGCUUGCAUUUGGCAGUGAAAGUUUGAUAAAAACAGCCACUAAAUGGCAGUAGUUUACCAUUAAUUACCACAAAAUAAAAAAGCUACACAUGACCAUUUCCCUUGGUAAUUGUUUUUUUCUAAUCACAUUACAAGAAGUUUAAAAAAUACACAUGUUAAUCCUUUGUUAGCUAUUGAAGACAUUUCUUUUAAUCAGAUAGAGAAAAUCCAUACUCUUAUUUAAUCAAGAAAAACUUUCAAAUAUACCAGGAGGUGUUUUACUAUCACCUACAUUAUAAUUUGCCUAUCACCAUGCCAUGUUAUUCAGAUCAACGUUACUACGUUACCCCACACUCAUUCCAAUAAUAGACACUGUCAACCGUGUUGUGUAUCUGAGAGUGAUUGUGAAUCACUCCGGUUUAUCCAUGCUAAGGCUAGUGCACCUGCCAAUACCCCAUUGAACAUGGCUAACUCUUGAGUUAAAACUGCGAAAUUCACAUUCAUUCGAAAGGCAAACCGUGCAGAAAUACAUUAUUGCAUCUAACACAUUUUAAUUGAAGAAAUUGGAAACUUACUUUGAAAUGUUAAGCAGGUCCACUGCCUUUGCAUGACUGCGACCCAAAGUAUCUGGAUGCGACUUGGUCGCCAAUCCAAUACCUCACAUGCUGGUCCAACUGUUUGGACUUGGUUGUCUUGUUGAGGCUUUCGUCGAACAUAACAACUAAGGCAUCUGAGCAGUUCCUUGCAUUAGCACAAAGUACUGUGCGAUUGCCUGCUGUUGUGAUGUUGAUGCUAAUGAUGCUAACGGCGCGCACGCACGAGGUGCAGCGCAUCGUAAAAAUUCUACGCGUCAUCUUCGUUAUGGAUUUAAAAAAAAAAAAAAAUUCGUCACGGAUAUAAUUUAGGUUGCACUGAGAUGUUCUUGAAAAUUAAAACCACGGUGAAAAAAUUCCAGACUUACGACAGCUAAUUUAAUGCUUUUAAUACUUUUAAUAAUGGAAAACUAAAUUCAUUGCUUUUUUUAAUACUUUUAAUAACCCGCGGGUGCCCUGGUUGUACUUCAUGUACUCUUACGGGAGAGGGCAUAAUGUGGAAUUGGGCGAAAAAAAAUACUUCAAAACGUAAAUUAGACGGGCUGAUAUCAAAUUCUGAUGGUUUGAUAGCUUUGAGCAAACAUUAUGUUAUCAUGGAGUAAAAGUCUAAGGUUGAAAUUGUAUUUUCUUCAGAAUAUUGGGGAUUAAAAUUAGGGCUGUCAAAAUAAUCGCGUUAAUGGGCGGUUAUUUUUUUUAAAUUAAUCACGUUAAAAUAUUUGACGCAAUUAACGCACAUG